UUAUAGAUGGAACAACCGAUCUACAUGUAGUUCCGUAUCCUAAUACAAUGUACAUGUAUACCUACAAAAGAUAUGAAACCACAGACAAUGCCUUGAUUGAAAGAAGUUUUAAACAACAGAACGAUAUAAGCAUUUUAACUUCCUUGUUUUUUCAGAUCGUACACCUGCUAUUCAACAGAAUAUUAGGUCUAUAAAGAACUAGAUGAUGAGGAAAAUUUCUUUUCAUUUUGUUACUGUUUGUGGAUAUCUAAUUGCUUGGGGAAUCUUUGCAUAUAGUUUUGACAUUGAUUACGAAUAUCAUUAUGAAUACAAAGCCAACUCAGUCGUGUUAGGAAAGUUUCCAGUGGUGACCAUUGCCAAGUUCAGAAUCCAGCCGCUGAUGCAAAGUAAUGGCUCCAUCAUUUGUCACUUGCAUAUGAACAGUUUGACCCAGUCUGCCGGAGGGAAAACUGUAAGCAACCCGGUGGGAUGGAAUUUCAAAAGAGGAUUUGAGUUUGAGCUAUCUGAAGAUGGUCUAAUUAAAGAAGUAGCACAUCACAACGAAGACCAUCAUGACGUAAUUAAUUUCAAAAAGGUUCUUGCUAGUGUAUUUUCAGCCAUACGAAAGCCUCGAACUUCGACUCGCAAGACAUUUAACAACUGGGAACAAGAUCAUUCGGGUUACUUACAACAUCGUUAUGAAGUGCAAAAUACAACUAUGGGCUAUAAAGUGGAUAAAUUUCAUGAGAGUGAAGGAAAGGUCUAUAGAAAACACAGAAAGACUCUACAUUACACCAACACCGGAAUUAUUGAAUAUAUACGUGUAGACGACAAAGUUAUUAUUCAGAACAAAAACAAACAAAAGAAACAAGAAAGAAGAUAUUCCGUAUUUGGAGCAAGAGCGAUAGAAGAGGAAACUAGAGGAGAUGUUAGUGAUAUAGAAUCAAACACGAAAACGGAAGUUCGUCUUGUUAAUAAAAUUAAAAUACACGGAAUGAACCGAGUUUUACCCCUAGCAACAGAAUUAAAAGUAAAAGAUAGCAUUGCCGCUAAAAAGGGCAAAUCUCAAGUUUAUUUGAAAUACGACGAAGUUCAAGAAGUUAUAAAUUCUAAAGUAGCCUGCAUUGAAUUAAGCAAGAACACAGUCAACGAAAAAAGAACUAAUUGUUUCGUUGAGCUAUUAGAAACAGUAAAUCGACUUCAUAAAGAUGAGUACAAGAAGCUUGCUUCCAGAGAGUUAUCACAGCAUUGUUGGAGCAAUAACACGAUGUGCAUAUCACGAAGGAAUGUAUUUAUUGAUCUUUUAUUGGUGAAGGGAGAAAAUAUCACUCAAGACCUAACCAUUCAACAUUUCCUGCAAAACAAAGAUGUCAACGAAACCGAUCUCUUUCGCAUAUUUUUUCAUGUUGGAAAAAUCGAAGCUCCCACUUUGGAAUUUUUGGAGGCUGUGGAAAGACUUUGUCUUGAACCAUAUCACUCGAAAAUAAGAUAUACGGCCAUGACAAAAAAUCAGAAACACGCAUGUUUGGCAUUAGGCACAUUGAUUAAAACUUGUAGAAACAAUUCCUUGCACAUUGAAAAGACGGACAUACUUUUGAAUUCUUUAAAGCAGUGGUUGACCCUACAUAAUCAAACUCAUUAUACAGAACUACAAAACAAAAAAAGACCCCACCGUUCAGUAGACAGAAAUGACCGCGAGCUUCAUAAUUACACUUACUCCAAGAUGGUCUUAAUUCAUGCUCUGGGAAAUACUGGGAGUUCCAGGGACCAUCUUCUGACCUAUAUGCGACCUGGAGAAGGAGAUAACAGCUGGAGAAGGGCGGCGAUUCUAGCAACGAGACAUUUUGGUUGUGUGGAGAGUUCGACAGCACUAUUUAAUUUGGUUGUGAACGAUGAUCAUUCUGUGGUAAAACAACAAGCACUUGAAAUGUUUGAGAAUCAUCCUUUAUCCAAUAAAAGUAUUCCAGAGCAUAGAGAUAUUAUCUUAAGUCGUUUUUAUAACUAUAAGACUCUGAUGAGAACAAAGAGAGGCAUUCUAGAUGUAGGUUUGAAAGAUGGUUUCUUUUUCUCGUUAAAACUGCCUGGAAUUCAAUGGACAAAACAAGUUGGAAACGACGCCCUUGGAGCCGCGUUUGGAAUCAGUUUAACAAAUGAACUGGAAAUAGAAAUAAAACCUCUUAGGAGCCAUGCCAUGAUCAACAUGUACGAGAAUGCUUUUGCCAAAGUAAUGUUGGGCUGGUUUAACGUGGAACAAUAUCUUUUUCGAGCACACGCCUGUUACAGAGGCCAUGCAGGAUAUGAUAUCAAUAUUCUCAAGGUGUGCAUAAAGCUCACACUUGGAAUUUUCAUUGACGUGAAGAACAAAAUGAUCGAAACUUUGUCUUAUUUAAAAGGAGGUACCUCUUUCUGGAUUGACUAUUGGGAAGAUUUUAAAGAAAUUCUUGGAGACAUUCAAGAUUUGUUUCGACUUAUCUUUAAAAGGAGGGAAAACAUACCAGCGAUAAAUAAAAAAGACAAACUUUCAACAGCUCUUACAGAUGGUAUUCAAAUGACGGCGGAACAAACAAACAUGGUUAUAGAUUCAAUCCAAAAAUCAUUCGGGAACUUCAGCACAGAAUUUAAAGAAACUUUUGAUGAGAUACUAUCUCCAUUUGUUAAUUCAUUCUACUCAAUGUUUAAUGCUGUAAAAGCAGUAAAAUCUGGUUACAUGUCCAUAAGAAACACAUAUAUAAAAAUCAAAAAUGUUACUCAAAAGAUCUUUGGUUCUAAAUUCCACAUUACAUUUCCCAAUCAUCGAAGACGUCAGGAUUCAACUUGUGGUCUCGGUGUUUGGCCCACCAAUCAAAAUGAGAGAUAUCAAACACUGGGUGUUGAUGUCCAAGUAACCGAAUUCUCUGAUAUAAGAUGCCCUGUUAAUGGUGAAGUUUUCAAGGAGAGUAACAGGGUACUGAUCUUACCAACUGACGAAGAUUUUAUCGACUAUGAAAUCAUUAUAGAAAAUAUAAUUCCGGAAUCAAACAUAUCAACAAGUGGACAAUUCCUAAUAGCGGGUAAAGACAUAAUCGGAAAAGCUGAUAAGUCACCAUGUAAACGAAAUUGUAUCCACGUAUCUGUUCGUAAAAAAUCUCCAAUUCAAAUAAGGGACUCAGAUUACGAAUAUAUAGAUCCUUCUCCCUUUCUUGACCAUUUGCUUCCAAGUCCCCGCUGGAUUUGGGAUUGUCGGGACUACACCUAUAUGAACGAUUUAAACGUAGUUUCAGCAGAUGCAACAGGCGAAGUAUUAGAGAAAGUCAACAAAGAAAUUGUUCGAUCAAAUUUCGGAGAAGACAAAAUGAAUGGGUUUCCACCAAUCGAACCAAAGUAUCGACCUCCGGACCUCGAAGUCAAUCGGUCUGAUCUAUUUGCCGUGACCGCGUUGGAAAAAUUCACAAAUGGAUUUAAAAGCAUAGUGUCCCAAUUCACAGACAUUGCCAAACAGCUUUUCGAUUUUUCAAACAACAGGACUGCAACUAAUCUUUUGGAUGCUGUGAAUAUCAAUAAAUACCCUCUCGGUAAAAUUAAAGAAUUACUAGGAGAAAAGGUUGAUUCAGAAAUGAACAUCAUUUUUGAUAAACUUCAACGAAUCCGGUCCUCAGUUUCAGCUCAGAAUUUAGAUGGAUUGUCCAUGUUAAAACUUCAAUCUUUACUGUCAGCAAGUUAUAGCUCAGCUUCUGGAGCAAAAUCAAAAAUGAUUACCAGAAUGUUAUCAAGAACAGAACAAGAGUGCCCAUCAUUUUUAAACACACUUCCAAAAGGCCCUGGUAACCUUUGUUUUGUUCAUCAAAGUUGCAACAAAAUUUCAUGUGCUGUUCAGCUUUUGUAUGCCAAUCAAAGAACGAUGGCAACAUUUGAUAUAAAGAUGGAUAACUGUUUAAAACAAAUCAAUGUAUCGACUCAAUCAACAACGACAGUUCUUGAAUUUCAAAACGCAGAUGAGAUCAAAGAAAGGGUCAGGCUUGCAGAUUUGUCCACAAUGAUGACAGCAGACCUUGUGGUGUCAGUUUCUAUCCUUUGGUCCAAUCCUGUAAUUUCUUUAAGUGCGGAACUUUGUGUACCAGCUUAUAUAAGUUGUCUGAAUACGAUACCCAUUAUGGUUAAUUACGAACUCGAAGAAACAGAUUGUUUCACAGAUAUAUUGUUAGAUGAUACUGAUGCAGUUUUACCAAGCAUGAAUGACAUUACUGUCGAGGACGUUAUAGCAGAACUUUCCAAUUACAAUCUCCUUGAUCGAGAAAUACUUAAAGUUCUGGAUACCAUCAGAGAAGCUAUGAUAAAAGAAUUAAUCAGUGACCCAAGAACUAUUUUAAAAGUCAUGGGAGAAGAAUUCAAGAGCACAGUUGACUUUUGUGUAGAAGCAGAUAUUCCAUUUCCUGUUAAGGAUUUCGUGGCUGUCGACAGUGAUUCAUACCCGCCAUUAUUUAUAAUGGUUGGACCCGUUCCGAUUUCUAUUGAAUUUAGAAUUGCAGCAUCUCUUGGACUUAAGAUAGAUGUAGGACUUUGUAUUUUGAGUUUCAAAGCACAGGCAACACUAAACCCUUGGGCAGGAGCCAAAGCACAGGGAAGUGUGAAUGUGAAUUAUUUCGUCUUCAAAGCUGGUUUACGAUUAACAGGUUAUCUCCUUGAAUCGCAAUUUCCAAUGAAAGUGGAAAUUACGUAUAAUAAAUUUCCUUUAGAAGUGAAGGGCAGUCUUAAUGUCAGUCUUAUACCAUUGCGGCUAAAACUUGAAGCAUUUUGCACCUUGGAUUUUUUUGGAAUGAGGAAAACAAUUUUCCGAGGCACUCUUUGGACCUACUCUUUAAAACCUAUUACCGGUAAUAUUUUCACGAAUAUAAAAAAUGAAAAAGAUACAACUCCGCCACAAUUUUUUUCACCAGCCGUCAAUGUUCCCGGAAAUCGACAAAAAAGGGAAACGGUGGUAAAUUGUCUUAUCAAACAAAUUACUGGUCGGAAUCAUAAAGACCCUGCCUAUGAGCUUCAGGUUGCAGCAGACGAUGAUAAAAGUAACCUGAAAUUGUUUUAUGCUAUUGGCACUCAACAGGGUGGUACUAAUGUCCUAGACUUCACAGAAAUGGGUGGAUUUUCUGUCUUCGUAGCAACUAAUGACUUACCGAACGGAAUACCUCUUUACUGGACAGUGAAGGCAGUGAACAGUCAAGGUUCUGAUGCUCGGGUGUAUUGCAUGCUCCAUACUUACGACAACACUUUACCUGACGGACGAGUUGACCCUUCUUAUAAAUACAGUUCACACCCGAAUGUUUUACUGGGUACCAUUACCGUUUUUGAUGAUUCCUUAUUGAAACAUACUCAUAUGCAAGCAGUGGGAAUCAGCUCUGGGAUGUAUGGAAGCGACAUCAUAUCUUGGAAAAAUCUUACGUUAGGAAUAACGUCACACAGGGCAGGGGUUUUUAAUGCUUUGAAACAUUUCAGCAUCCCAAAAGAUGGAAGACUUACAAACAAACCAUUUGCAAUUCAUUUAACGCAUACACCAGAAGAAUGUGCUACUAGAUGUGUCACCGUAGGAACAAAAUGUGUUUCAUUUGAUUACGCGUAUUUCACUGAGUCCUGUGAGCUCCAACAUGUUGUAGAAGGACCAAACGCAAAAUUACGCAUAAGUGGUUCUUACAAGAAUUAUGAAAGACUUGGAUUGCAAUACAACUCUUUUGAGAGAUACGAAGACAUUCCCCUUGAACAUGGCAAAGUUUAUUUUAUAAAUGCCCGAAUAGGCAACAUUCUUGGAUAUGUUGGUUACCUUCAUUCAGUAGGAACAAUGGUUGAUUUCACACCACCAAUGACUGGGCCUCUUGGCACAGACUUUCGAGAAACUUUCAAGGCCGAUGGCUGCAAGGCAUCGACAGCUCAACGUUGUACUGAAGUGACAUGGAAGAAAAAUCAUAGACACGUAAUUGAUGGCAAAGAAGCAUCAACAGUGAUUAAUGGCCACAACCCCCUUGUGGAUAAAAUGUAUACAAAAUCCAAUCACUAUAUAUCUGUUAAUUUUAAUGGUUUUCACGAUGACGAAUCUGGUAUAUAUAAAUACUUAUGGGCAGUAGGCAAAUCUGUUUGCUCACAAGAUGUGGUUAAUUUUUCCGAUCCACAUGGAUUUUUGCACAGCGAUAAACAUUGGACAAACAAUGGAAUUGAAAAAAACCUUCACUUACAGGAUGGAAAGUACUUCAACACAAUUCAAUGUCUGAAUAGUGUAGUAUUUGGGGGUUCUUUAGUUACAACGGUAUGUCACAGUCUACCUCUGAUAGUGGACACAACUCCGCCGUUUCUUCAUGGCAUUGAACAAAUCUAUUACGACGAGUAUUUCGACAUUUUGGCAAUAUAUUAUAAGGCUGGUGACAACGAAUCUAUGUUGGCCGAUGUUGAAUUUGGUUUAGGAAAGACAAAGUACGAUGUACUUGUCAUGAAGAAAUCUUAUCAUCAACCGAUGAAUGGGGAAGAUCAUCCAUUUAUUGUAAUAGAAGGGCUUGGUCUGAAAGAAGGAGUUCCAGCAUGGCCAAGAAUACGAGUCAACAAUGGAGUUGGCCUAUUUAAAGCGGACAGUGGUUCAAAGCCUUUCAUUAUUGACAGAUCGCCACCAAUUGUGGGGUUCGUUAUAGAUGGAAAAAUCCAUUUUCGAGACAUAACUUACCAAUCCAGUAACAAAGAAAUUUGUGUUCAGUGGACUGGUUUCCAUGAUCCUGAGUCCGGAAUUGACCAUGUUCGAUGGGGAAUUGGAACAGAUCCAGGAGCCGAAAACGUGAUGGUGUUUCGCACUUUUUCACACAAUACAAUAUCUGCAUGUGUUAGUACUGUUCUUAAGCACAACACAAAGUAUUAUUCCACAUUGAUUGUCUUUAAUGCCGCUCUAAAUUCUAAACAUUCGAAGAGUUCUUCCAAUGGAGUUCUCGUUGAUACAACACCUCCAAUCCCAGGUUAUGCUGUAGAUGGCUCAAACUUAAAAAAAGAUUUGGUAUUUUCAUCAGAAAUAUCCACUAAAAUUGUUUCAUGGAACAAUUUUACAGAUCCAGAAUCUGGAAUCGAUAACUAUGUCAUAUCAAUUUACAUUAACAAUGCAAGGGUUAAAACGUUUAACCCUACAAACCACACUCAUUUGACUGACAAUUCUGUAAGUAUGCAACAUGGUGAUACUGUGCAUUUUAGAAUUGAAAGCUUUAAUAAAGCAGGCCUUGCAGUAGCUGUUAAAACGGAUGGUUUUACUGUUGAUCACACGCCACCAAAUUUAGUGUUUAUUGAAGACAACAAUUUAAGAUUGAGCUAUCAGAUUGAUGACAGCAGUCUGACACUGCGAUGGCAAUAUCAAGACAAGGAAUCGGGGAUAAAGGAGUAUCGAUAUUCUGUUUUUGAGUUAAUGCAUGGGAUAAAAAAACGGGUGUGGCCAAAGACAUCCAUGUACAUUUCAAUACCACCAAGUUUGACAUCACAGCCUACAGAAAUUUAUUAUACUGAAAAACUUGUAUCAGGCGCUACAUACUCAGUACACGUCACAGCUAUCAACCAAGCUCAACUGUCAACAGCUCACGAAUCAAAUGGUGUAACUAUUGACCCGACUCCACCAAUAAUGUUAAAGGUUUAUUUGGGUCUUUCGGAUGAAGAUGAAGAAAUUGAAGAUGGAUUUGUUCAAUAUGCGAAUUCCAAAUCUUUAAGAGUGAGUUGGGUCGGAGAGGAUCCACAGAGUAACAUUAAAAAGUUUUUUGUUGCUAUUGGAACGAGACAAGGGGAUACAAGCGUGACCAACGGUUAUAUUGAUAUGGGUAUAGAAACUUCAGCUGAUAUAAACGUUCAGUUAUUGUCAUUUGAUAAAUACGGUAUAAUAUACCAUGUAGCCGUCAAAGCCGAAAAUGGUGCUGGUAUUUUAUCAAAUCCAAUGUUUUCCAAACCAAUCAAAAUCGUAAAAGAAAACGUACCAGGAGUAAUUUGCGAUGGGCGUGAACAAAACGUGGACAAAGACAGUACAAAUGAUAAGUUUAGUAUUGGAAUGCAUUUCCAGGGCUUUGAAAGUGAAGCAUGUAAUAUAAUUGGAUAUGAAUGGGCAAUAGGAUCGCAGCCAUACCAUAGCGAUAUAUAUCAGUAUAGCAAGUAUGGCCUUGUUUACAAUGAAACUCACGGAAAAGCACAAACUCACGUUCAAUUAGACGAAAACAAAACGUAUUAUGUAACAGUAAAGGCAAAAACAGGACAUAAUUGUCAUGAAGAAUAUAUCGUAUCGACAUCCGACGGAAUAACCACCGAUUUCAGUCCUCCAAUGAUAUCGAAUAUAUUACCAUCACAUGAUGAGGGAACCUUUUUUGAUUCUAAUUCUCAAAAUAUAUAUCAGGCAUAUCUUGAUUCAUUUCAGUACAGAUGGAAUGUAAGUGAUCUGUCUUUACUCCGAUACAUUAAUUUCUCGGUCGGAACACUACCGCUUAAACAUGAUAAACUUCCUUUACGGCCAUCUUUAAAGUCGAAAAUAGAGCCCGGUGUAUUUUUACCAAGAGCAGGGGAGUCAUUUUUUGUGACAGUUCAUGCAAUGGAUGUUGUUGAGUUUUCUGCAACAGGUAUAUCUGUGCCAAUUGUUGCAGAUAUUUCCCCACCUUUCAUUCAGGUCUUCAGUUGCACAAACGUGAUUUCAACAAAACUUUCUGUAGUAAAAUGUUCAUGGAUACAUAAAGAGGAAGAAAGUGCGCUAAAGCAAGUAAUAAUCAGCAUCGGUUCCAGGGAGCUAUCUGAUGAUAUCAUCAGAAACACCACUUUGCCUUCUAAUAUAAAUACGUACAGUGUUGAUGUUAAGAACUCUUUCAAACUUGAACAUCUCUCUGUAAUUUAUGCCACCCUUACUGUAAAAAAUGUAUUGAAUCAGUCUCUAACGGAAACGUUUCAGAUUGAUAUUGAUUCUUCAGCACCUAUAAUUGAAAACGUUACAUUUGUAACGUGGAUAAAUCCCGAUAAACAACGUGUCAAACAGAUAUGCCAACAACCCCAAACAUACGUGGAUGUCAGUAUAUCGGUCUUAGAGGAUAAAGAAUCUGGCUUAGAUAGAGCUGAGAUUUGCCUUGGAAGUAAACCUGGGUUGAACGAUAUCAAGGACUAUCAAGACCUGACUGAAACACAUGUAACUAUUGAUGGUAUUUCUUUGUUACCUGGAACACAGAUUUAUGCCACAGUCAGAGCUUUUAAUAAAGUUGGACUCCAUAAUGUUUUGACAUCAGAAGCAAUUCAAAUCAGUUUAAGUUUUGAUCCCAUCAUUAAAGUUUUGGAUGGAACAGGUGGCAAAGAUUUAGACUACCAGAAUAACCGCCAUGUAAUUCAAGGCACUUUCAGCUAUGUCUAUUCUGGCGAUUGUCCUGUUAUAAGAUCGGAAUGGUGCGUGGAGGAUUUAACUGGAAAUAUUGUCCUUAACUUCACAGAGAUACAAUGGAAUGACCAUUUCUUUUACAACGAUGAGCUUGACUUGAAGAAUAAUUUUUGUUACUUUGUCAAAGUAAGACUAACUGAUGCAUCAAAUCGCACAUACAUUGGCAAAUCAGAUGGUAUAACAGUUAAAAUCCAACUGCCAACUUUCGGUUUUGUAAGAGAUGGGCUCGAUCACAAUGAUAUUGAUUACCAAGAAUCAACAACAGACCUUUCAGCAAAUUGGGAUGCGUUUGGUGACGAGCUGUCUAAUGAUCAUUUGCAGCAGAUUGCUUACUAUGAAAUUUCUAUAGGGGAGGACACAAAAACCACUAGCGUUUAUAAUUUUACAAAUGUUGGUUUGAAUAAAAGUUACACAUUCACUGAUGUAAAUCUGACAUCCAAAAAUGUACUUUAUUUUGUAAUUGUGAGAGGAUAUAGUAAAACAGGAGAAUAUGCGGAAAGUUAUUCCAACGGUGUACGAGUGGGAUACCGUUUAAGUAUUAUUCCAGGAUCAAUAGAAGUGAACGAAUUUCAGAGAAGUGAAAGUGAAAUCACUUUAUCAUGGACUGAUUAUCAAUCAGAUAUCGGGAUAAAUGAGUAUAUUGUAGGUAUAUCUACCAAACAAGUUACACGAAAUAAUAACACUUAUUCAUGUUAUGAUUUUCAAAACGGUUUUGUUAUGUUUGAUGUAUACAUGCUGAAAGCUGGACUUGAUACUUUUGUAACUCUUAAAAACCUAACUCUUCAUCACGGAAUUUUGUAUUACAUUACUGUAAUUGCAAGAGAUGAAAUUGGGCAAUGCUCUUCUUCGGAGAGCAAGCUCAUUUUAAUUGACACGACACCGCCUAUUAACAGUAAUAUUACAUUCAUGAUUAAUCAGUGGAACGUUAGUGGAUUGAAGCAGUUCUUUGUAACAGAUGCAAAUGAAAUUGAAAUACAGCUGUUUGAAUUGGAAGACCCUGAAAGUGGAAUUGACAUUAUAACUUUUCGAUUGAAUGAAUACGUGGACUGCCCAACAUCUGAAAAACAGAGUUCAUUUAUUCUUAUAGAAGUUAAAGCCCUAAAAGACCCAAAAGUAAGAAUGAAAAGUUUAGAGUUACAACCACAUCGAUACUAUUACAUUGAUGUAACAGCAAGCAAUAACGCUGGGCUUCAAUCCCAAUUUAGCAGUCCAGUUAUGUUACUGGACACUAGUUCGCCAUCUGUAGGUUCAACAAAAAUUGGAAAUGAUUGGGCUCAUGAAAAAUUGUAUCAGUCUUCCACAUCGACAAUUGAAGCUUUGACAGCAAUUGCAAAGACAGAAGAUGCCUAUCUUUGUGAUAAUACAAGGACAAUUUUCCCUUCCAGAGAUGAAUUUGCAUGGACAUCUCUAUCGGGAGACUUCUCGCCAAGCAACGUAAGAAGAUAUAAAGACAAAUAUAUCCUUAAAAUCGGGUAUAAUGUUCCACUCACUAAAAUACAGAAGAGUGGAAUUAGACGUUCAAUAGGAGCCCCGUAUGAUGGAACAAUUUCUAUAGUACUGUCGUCUGCAGAAGGAAAAAAUAUUUCAACUUCAGUUAUGAUAUCAGCUUCAAAAGAAAAUCCAUUUUUCCCAAAAACCUUUAUAAGAUCUAAUCCAACCGUUUUUGAUGAUGUCGCCUUUAACAUUUCUGAAUUUGAGAAUGGAAAUGCAAAUAACCCAAAUCUGUUGAAUACUACAGAUGACCCAUCAAUAGCAGAGACAAUAUCACCUCCUAUUUCAGCAGCCGUUAAUAAGACUGGACCAAUAUACGAAAGUAUUAAUAAAGAUGUUUCCCAUGGAUUCGGAUUUCAAAUAUUAGGAGAUCAACAGCAAGAAAGUGAUAAAUGGGACUGUCUGUUUUGGGCAAAAGAUGCAUACGGAGAAAUUCACAGAUGGGUAGAUAUAAAAACGAACCCUGUUGAUUCACAACUUCAGUAUAGCAUUAAGAUGAAAAAGAGAAACUCUAAUGAUAAAAUUGUACUGGAUUUACAAUUUUCAAUUGACGGAGAAGAAAAGGCCAAUAUAUAUGGACUGACUACUGAUGAAAGCAAUCUCACUAUUUUUGUCCAAACAUGGAAUUUUAAUGAUUAUCGAGAGCCAUUAAAAGAUCCUAUUCAUCCUUUUAGAUCUCAAGCAAUUCUCUUUAAAUUGAAAAUACCUUCUAAUAAUACUAUGGACUGCAUAUAUGGAGCGGGAUUCUAUGAUAAAGAAAGUGGAAUUUCAGAAAUAUGGGCAGGUGUUUCAGACAAUAUCAAUACUCCAGGCAAUAUUCAUGAAAUGACGUUAUAUAGAAAAAUGUGCACACCUUGCAUGUUUAAUUGUUAUUUCAGUUGCGACGCAAAUUGUUCCUUCGACGAUAAUAAAGUCAAUGAAUUUGAAAUGUUACAAAUUAACAUUCAAAAUUUAAAUUUGAUGCCAACAGUUCUUUCGAAUGACGGAUUAAAUUCAACUAUGCAAACUGAAAUUCUAUCAAUUUUGCAGUAUUAUGUUAAUGUAAAAAUGAUAAAUUUUGCCGGUCAGUCAGUUACGAGUUCUACAAACCCUGUUAUCAUCGAUAUAACACCACCCGUUUGUGAGUAUAUUCAAUGCUUGGACCCAGUUUUCACAGGAAUGGAAACACCAACCCAAACAUUAGGUUCUAACAAAACCAUAGGUGCCUACUGGUCAUGUAUCGACAAUAUAAGUGGAAUAAAGAACAUUUAUGUCAAAGUUGGGACUGAAAAGGAUAAUAAGGGCAGUAAAAAGGACGACAAUAAAUAUGAACAAAAGGAGAUUGGACAUGUUUCGAAAGUUCGAAUAGACUUGGAUGAUAAUAUAUACUUUGAUGACAGAACAACUUAUUUUGUAAAUAUUUUGGUUUAUAAUGGUGCCGGUCUCUCAGCUGUGUACAGUUGUAACGUUUCCACAAUUCUUUCACCGCCUGAUGUGUCCACUACUGAUUCACAAAUAAUGCAUUCCUUGGAAUUUGAUAACCAAACAGGUGUUGUGUUUAUGGGCUCACUAGACCGAUUUGGGGUCAAAUGGAACACCAAGCGUUAUAUUUAUGAUGCCGAGUUAUAUAAAUGGCAAAUGGGCACUUACAAAGACGGCGCCGAUAUAAUUCCAAAAACUAUCAUAGGACUGACUAAAGAAGGAAGUGCCCAAGUAAUUGGUGGAGAAUUGUGGUUAAAUGGCAACAAGACAGGGAAAUCUAUAGCCUCACUAUCCCAAAAUAUUUGGCGAAAUUUAACCAACAAAGAGAUAAUCAAAACAGAAAGCGAUUUCCAGUUUUUUAUGGAACCUGGGCGAUGUGUUUAUCUUUCUUUAAUUGCAGUUGGAUAUUCUCAUUUGGAAGCUAAUAUCUCAACUAAUCAACUCUGUUUCAUAAGGAAAGACAAAGAUUUGGUUAUUCAUAAACAUUCUAAAAUCUCAACAAUAAUUGGAUGGAUUUCUGAUGACAAAUUUGAGGAAUUACAGCAUGUAAAUGGAAAUGAAAUAGUUGUAAUUCAGCUAAGAGGUUAUGUUUUGGGUGUUACUGUUGGAACUUUAUCCGAUUUUGAUCUCACCACGGAAUAUGGAUCAGCUUCAUCUUAUCGCUUUAGAAAGUAUAUCAUCAAUCCUCACACUACAAGCUGGUCGUCCACGCGGGAAAUUCGAAAAAGAAUUUUAAAACCGAUUGGAAUCAACUUUUUUAUUGCCCCUACUCCGGAAAUGGAUGUCGAAAGAAUUGAAGUUCACAUCAAAAUCAAUCCACAAGACUUUGAAUAUAACACAGUUCCAGCUCUUCUCAUAUGGGAUAGUUACACCUUUAAUUCCAAAACAAAAACAUAUGGAAUAUGGCGUCAUGUGGAGGAAAAUUGUGGAGAAGACAUUACAAAACCUAAAAUUGAAGGAACAAUAUACAAAGCUAAGAUAUGUAUGCACGUCUUCCAAAUGCCAUCAAGGAAAAAAAGAUCAACAAUAAUAAAAUUAAUUAUUCCUUACCAAUUUACGCUAACAGCUAUGAAUGUAUCGUACUACAACUCCCCACCUGUAAUAGAUAUCGAAACAAUAGCGACAAAAGAAGAUACACCGAUUAUCAACUUCCGAAUACCUUAUCAUGAUGAUGACCUUGAUUCUGUUCAAUUCUUCCUAAUUCAAAAACCCAAAACUGGAUUUGCAAAUCUGUCACUUGAUGGAAAAUUGACUUACUUACCAAAACAAGAUUUCUUUGGGAACGAAAGUAUAACAAUUCAACUUCGAGAUGAUGCCAGAUUACCAGCGGUAAUCGAGAAAAGUAUUAUCAUUAGUGUAACGGCAGUUAAUGAUAUGCCAGUGUUUGGUUUUCUAUACAAUAGUACAACAUUUGAUGUAAUGGCGAACAAAAGUUUAGAGCUGCGAUUUGAAGGCAACGCAACGUCGCACUAUAUGUUUGAUUUCGGCUUUGGAGAUGUUGACCAGAAUGAAACCUUAUCGUUUUUGUCAACUGUCACCAACCCUAACGAAGUAAAUGUCAAAAUAAUUCGGAAUAGUGCAUUACCAUUCAUUCCAGACUUGUUUGGAAAAAAAGACCUUUUUACACAUCAAGAAUAUUCCGCAGAAAUGGUACUUGACAAAGAUUUUCACGGAGACUUCUUUUUUUACAUUUUAGGAUAUGACAACCAAAACUUCUACACUGAACGAUUAGAAACUCAUAUCUAUAUUUUAUUAGCACCAUGUGACCAUGGUAUUUGCUCUCCUAAAUUCAAUGAUUCUCCACCAUGUAAUGAUAUCUCUAGAGCUACUUCUUUUGAUUUAUACAAAUGUAUCUGCUACCCGGGAUAUACUGGUACAUGGUGUGAGAAUGAAAUAAAUGAGUGCCUGCAGCAGCCUUGUAGAGUUUUGGAAAACUGCAUUGAUCAGAUAAAUAAUUACAAAUGUGAGAUGAAGAUAGUAGCACUUAUAGGUAUGAUUUUGUUUGGAUUCAUUCUAUUUAUAAUAUUGAUAAUCGCUAUUUGUAUCAACAUAAGGAUGAAACAGAAAAUUCCUGCUGGUGAGGAGAACAUUGAAGUUGCAGAUUUUUCCGACGGAGAGAUAGACCAAUAAAUCACACUAAACACGAUAUUUGCACAAGUUAUUGUGGAAAUGAUUCUGUGUAGGUGAACUUCAAAAGUUACUAAAAUGGUGCAAAAUGAAACGGAAAAGAAAUCUAUCAAAAAAUGAUGUUUAAUGUAAAUAAUGCCAAAAUUAUUUUGUAUAUUUGUCUUACUUUCAUUGUGUCAAUUAUUACAUGUCCAAUGAAACACACAUAUUUAAUAUAACCAAAACGUUUUUUGAAUCAUAAACUAUGUAUUUUUAAAGUGUACAUUGCAGAAUGGUUUAUUUCAUUCUUUCCUUAAUUUUUUUUAGAAUAAAAUAUGUCAUUUCGUUAUAGUUUCCGUUUAUUGAUUAGGUUUACGAUCGACAUGUAUUCUAACACUAGGGACUGGGUACUACCGAUCUAUUGACUAAUGAAAUCUUAAAAAAUCAUUUUAUCAUAAAUUAUAAUUUUGUGUAAAAUUUUACUUGACCGUAUUCCCAUUCCAGUUGGCCUUUGAAUAGUUCAGCAAUACACGGAUAUAAACAUAAACAACAAUCAACGUAUUAUAUUUACAUCUAUGAUUCCCUCGACUUCAUGUGGAACAUUAUUGCUGCUUUAUAGUUUUAUAAUUUUAUGGGACUAAAAUCUACAUACCCCGUUUAUUAUGGUCAAAACCUAAGAAAAAUCACAGACUGCACGAAAUGAUCAUGAUAAUUUCAGACUCAAAUUCUCAUAGGAGAAGAUUUAGCUGUUUCUUUUAGCUA